AUGAGUAAAUUGAAGAAUUUGAACCGAGAAUUCAUCUCCAACUUGAAAAGUCACAAGCUCAUAACCGAUGCUAAACGGAACUUAAUACUCUCCAUCCUCAAAUCUACUACUACCAAGAGGGAAGCCCGGAAUUACCUCAAUAAGUACCAGAACCAGUUUGAUUUUGGCGAUUUGAAGAUCUCGUCAUCAGCAAAAUACGAGCAGGAUGUUUCCAAAUUGACAAAAAGAGACUCCCAGCGUGAGUUGUUUGUCAACAGGUACUUGAACAAACAGAAUCCAUUCAUCAAUAUCUACGAUGAUGAGACCAAACUCAAAAAAAUCCCUUUGAGAGUAGCAUUGUUCAAGUUGAAAUUUCUCAACAUCGAUCCCAAAGAAUGGCGUGGCAUUGCCGAGACUUUCAAGCGAUUGGUAAAUUUGGGAAUUUCGCCCAUAGUGUUUCUAGAUUAUGACCAUCUUCCCACAGACUCGUUCAAGUAUAACGAAUUGUAUAUGAUUAAUCAGGUCAAUAAGGUCAUGAACUACCUUGGAAAACCCGAAGAAGAAGGAAACCUAAAAACGACGGUUUUGCGGUCAUUAUUCACUGUCGAGAACAAAGAAAGGGGUCCAGUAAUUAAUAGUUUGGAAUCUAUAUUGAUUCCCUUGUAUCAGGGAAUUAUUCCUUUUAUCCAGCCCAUCAUUUACAAUGCUGAGAGUACAUUUCAGCAGUUUAUCAACUCGAAUCAGCUUUUGUACAGCUUGUGUGAAUCGUUGUUGGACAAGAAGGAUCUUCUCUCAGUGGAGAAAAUAGUCAUGAUUGAUCCUAUUGGAGGAAUUCCCUCGGUUGAAAGAAACCAGACGAGCCACGUAUUUAUCAACUUGUCUCAAGAAUACUCGGAUAUAGUUUCCGAAUUGUAUAUUGGACAUAUUGAGCCUGAUCAACGUGAUUUGCAUCUUGCCAACUUGAAUACCAUGCAUGAAAUCUUGACACUAGCUUCCUCCAAAUCGGGCAAUGAUGACACGACGGGGAUCAUCACCACUCCAUUCAUCAUGUCUGUCAAUGAUGAUCUCAUCAAUCCGAUUAUUUAUAAUGUUUUGACGGAUAGGCCCAUCAUCUCUUCAUCUCUACCUAGCUCCAACAACAGGACACCACAGCUUUCAACUUCUAUUUUGAAGAAAGGAGUGGAUGUGCGAUCGUACGAUGCCGACAACUAUGCGAGAAAGUUCACUUUGCAUAAUUUAAUAGAAGAUGAACUCGUAGACAAAAAUAGGUUGGUAGCUCUUCUAGAUGAUUCGUUCGGCAAGAACUUGGACACAGAUUCUUAUUUUGAUAGAAUCAAUAAUUCGCUAGCUACCCUUGUCAUUGUAGGGGAUUACGACGGUGCUGCUAUCAUCACUUGGGAGUAUAGUGGUACCAACAAGAUCGCGUACUUGGACAAGUUCGCCAUAGCAAAGAAGAACCAAGGAUUACCUGGAUUGGCAGAUGUGAUCUUCAAGAUAAUUCUCCUGUCGCAUCCCCAUGAGUUGAUAUGGAGAUCUCGGAAAGUAAACCCUGUCAAUAAGUGGUACUUUGAGAGAUGUGUAGGCUCCAUGAGUUCACCUGAGUCCCAAUGGAGAAUCUUUUACACGGGUGAUAUUUUCAACCGCAGAAUCGACAAGAGAAGAAAGAGAAUAGUUGGGAGUGAAGCUGUAAACAUUUCAGACAAAUUGGUGCAAUACAGUGAAAUUUGUGAAGGCAUUCCUCCUUCUUUCUUUUCGUCUAAGGAAUGA